GAGCGAUAACCUGUUAUUACAAUCAACAUAUUAAUAUUAUUACAUUCCAAUGAUUUCGUAAUUUAAAUAAAUUCCCUAGUGAUUUAUUUUUCCAAAUAACCAUAGGAAUUCCCCUAUAAACUUAAUUCUCUUGGGUUUUUAUAUUUGAUGCUGGUCUGCUGGUAGUCGUCGUGCAAGCCUCUCUCAUGAGAUACGUUCGUAAACAUAAAAAACUAGUUAUAGACAUUCUCUUUUUUUGAAGAUUCCGUAGAAUUAAAAACAAUGAGAUCUUAUUAAACUUUUUACAACAGUGAUAAUUAUGAAGUGUAACGGUUUUCUACAACAUUGUAUUUGUUUUUACGUUGUUUUAAGUGUUAUUAGUGUAGCAACUGGAUUCUUGUUUAACAAUGACAGUUUUGUAAAUUUAAGAGAGAGAAGAGCAACGAACAAAUGUGAUGGUUUUACGUGCGCCUCUGAUCGAAGAUGUAUAAAAAUCGAAAACAGAUGUGACGGUAAAGAAGACUGUCAAGAUGGUAGUGACGAAUAUGCGGACUGUAAAACUGAAGUACAAUGCCCUGGCUACUUAUUCACAUGUGAUUAUGGUGCUUGUAUAGAUGCUGAUAAAAAAUGCGAUAGAAAAUCAGAUUGUAGGGAUAAUUCGGACGAAAAAAAUUGCGUAUAUUCAAAUAAUGAAGAACAGGAUUCCGGUAACUGCAAAUCUAACGAAUUUCAAUGUCAAUCUGGUCAAUGUAUAUCUAAAGAUAACAAGUGCAACGGCGUUGCCGAUUGUACGGAUAAAUCCGAUGAAACACGAGAGACUUGUUUGAAUAUGUUCUGUCCAGGAUUCACUUACAAAUGCGAUUAUGGAGCUUGCGUCGAUGGGUACGCCGAAUGCAAUGGUAAAAAGGAUUGUAUUGAUAAUUCUGAUGAACGUAAUUGUAUGACGAAUAAACCUACCUCGAAACCAACUGAUAAACCUCCGGUUAUUGUGGUACCUCCAAGUUCACAGGGUUGUAUGUUACCUGACCAUCCAGAAAAUGGAAAAUGGGCAAUUAUUGGUGGUGCUCGAGCGGAACCAAAAACAAAAGUAUCCGUUAAUACUCUUUUAACAUAUUCUUGUAGAUCGGGUUACAAGCUAUCUAGUCAGAAUGCAUUAUCACUUUGCUCAGAAAAGGGAUGGUCAGCUGAAACUCCUACUUGCUCAAUACUAUGCCCACCUUUAUACACGACCGAAGUAACUCAAGUAUCUUGUUAUAAUGAAAAUAAAGCGGAAAUCAAGUGCAGCGAAGCUACAGAAGGUGCUUACGCAACGUUUGUCUGUUCUCCUUAUUACGAACCAGUAGAUAGAGUACCUGUUACAAGAUUUUGCAGAGGUGGAACUUGGAAUUUACCAGCUCCGCAAUGUAUACCAGCUUGUGGAGAAAAACGUGUUUCGGCUGUACCAUUAAUAGUAAAUGGAAAGAACGUUGAUAGGGGAGAUUAUCCAUGGGUUACAGCUUUGUACCGAAGACAAGGUGGUGAAUUCAUCAAUUCGUGUGGCGGUUCAAUGUUAACCCAACGUGUCAUUGUAACAGCUGCUCAUUGUGUAACUUACGAAGAUUCGAAAGGUGCUGUUGUUGAUAAAGACAUAUUGAGAAUAGCAGUUGGGAAAUAUUAUAACAAAUUCAUGGAUCCUCGAGAUACCCAAGCUCAAUAUUCAAGUAUCAGUGAAAUAUUGGUGCAUUCAAAAUAUAAAGGGGAAGCCCAAAAUUUCGCUUCAGAUAUAGCAUUUUUGGUCACCACUGAUACUUUGUUAUUAUCAAAAGUAGUACAACCAGUUUGUUACCACAAUUUGAAUAAUAUACCUCUCAACAACAGGAUGCAAGGAGUGAUAACCGGUUGGGGAUAUACGACAGCAGGAGGUAACCCAUCGGAUGAAUUAAAAGAGAUAUUAAUACCUUAUAAAGAAGAUGGUACUUGCGAAGCAGAACUACCAUCCGAUUGGAGCGCUCGGUAUUUUAGUCCUGACAAAAUGUGUGCAGGACAUUAUAAUAAAAGUAUUGCUGUAUGUAAAGGUGAUAGUGGUGGAGGAUUAGUAUUUCCCUAUAAAGAUGGAAGAUAUUACAUCCAUGGUAUAGUAAGUGUUGGUUAUAAAGUUACAGCUGGAUGCGAUAUACAACUAAGUACCCUUUUUACAAAAGUAUCUUUCCAUUCAGAAUGGUUAGAGCUAGUAACAGCUAAAUACAGUUGAUUUUUGUACUAAAUAAAAUAUUUUUUUAAACAUGAA